ACAAACUUCGUCAGGAAGUGCUUUCCAAUGAAACUGGUGAAGAGAGAGUCGAAGUCAAUCAGAGGCACUUGAUUGAUAAAAUAUUAGCAAGAUACUCUGCUGAAUUUGUAGUUUUUAGAGAGUUAUUACAAAACUCAGAUGAUGCUAAAGCCACAAAUGUUGAAAUAAUAUUUAUGACCGAAAAAUAUACACCAAACAGUGAUAAUAAUAUCUGUUUAUCAGAAAAAUGUGUCAGAAUAAUAUUUAAAAACAACGGCUUUGUAUUUCGGUCUGAAGAUUGGAAUAGAUUGAAGAAAAUCGCCGAAGGGAAUCCUGAUGAACAAAAGAUCGGCGCCUUCGGUGUUGGGUUUUAUUCAUUGUUUUCAGUCUGUGAUGCUCCUUUUGUAUCGUCGGGUACUCAAGGUAUGGCUUUUUAUUGGCGUGGUGAUCAACUGUUCGCCAAACGAAGUAAUAUCAAACAAGAUGAUACAACUUGGACAACUUUUUUGAUGGACACACGAGAAAAAGAAAAGUUACCUGAGAUAGAAUCUUUUGGUCGCUUUUUAGCAACUUCAUUGGGUUUUACUGGAAAUCUUCGUGAGGUUACAGUUUACUUCAAUGAAAUACGAGUAAUUCAAUUAACAAAAAAAACGAGUGUAUCACGAUCAAUGUCAAUUGAUUCUGGAAUAAAUACAACUUCGCCAGACAAUAUGUUCAAAUUGAAAACUGUAGACAUUUUUACAGUACAAUUAGACGUUAACAGAUUAGUCACCCCAACAAAAUUAUUAAAGUCAAGAACUCCAAUAACUUCAUUUUCAUCAGAACAAACGACCAUUUUCUUGAGAAUUGCCAGUGGUAACUUGGAUUUAUAUAUUCCUGAAGCAUUUAGUCUAGAAAUGGAACGAUCUACCAAAAAAAGACCACCAAAGAAUACCAAAAUACAAAUGAUUUUUACUGGUUUUGACGAACAUAAUUCCUCCGGUGAUUACGAUAAAAAAAUUUCAGAAGUAUUCAAGGAUUUAUUACCAUUUCCUGGACAAGGUAGAAUAUUUAUAGGAUUCCCAACUCAUCAAACAACAGGUUGUUCUGCACAUUUGGCUGCCAGAGUAAUUCCUACAGUUGAACGUGAAUCUGUAGAUUUGGUAGACAAAACUUUGGCAGUCUAUAAUAAAGGAAUGUUAUGUUUGGCUGGAGUAUUGGCUCGUAUAAUAUACGAUGAUGAGCUGUCGCAAGUUUCAAAACUAUAUAGAGAGAUUAUUGGUUCUGGUACAUCAAAAUCAGAUGACGAGCCAAUAAAAUCAGCUUUUGAGUAUUUUCAAAGUCGUGCUGCACACGCUUUAGCUCAUUUUUCAUUCAAGCUAAGCACACCUAACAAUAUGAUUUCAAGAAUCAGCGAAUCACAAUUUUUUAACUGUACGCAAGCUUCACUAUCAAUAUUAUCUAGCCGUGGCGUUUUACCAAUUAAAUCUGUACGGAUACCAAAUCCAGAAAUGUCACCUUUUAUAAAGACAAUUCCUACUGUUGCACCAUUAUUGUUAAGUCAAUGUGAUGAAUUUUUUAAAAAGGCAAAAGAUACACUAAGAUUUAUUUCUGAAAUCUCGUUAGAUGAUCUCUUUGUGGAAUUGGAAAGUCGAAUAUUAAACGAACAGGAGAUAAUAAGUUUAUUUAAAUGGUGGAUAAAUUAUCGUUCUAAAAACUUAGUCACAGAAGAUCAAAUUCAAAAUUUUAUGAGACUAGUUAUAGUACGAGUUAAAGAUGUUGACUUACCCCUUAAUUGCAUUUCCUACUUUAUAAAUCCAUCUAUAAUUCCACCUGACGUAGACCUUCCAUCAAGUGUCUUACCAUAUUCGAUAAGUAAACAUCUUAAUAAAAAAGAUUUCGAAAUCUAUUUUAGAGGUUGGAUAGAGCUUACAUUGGUUGCUUGGGUUCAAUUUAUAUCUUCAAAACCUUUAUUAGAACAAGACCCUGCUUUUUCAGAAAAGUUCUUUGGGAUAGUUUCGCGUCAUUUUAAAAGCAUCUCUAAAACGGAUCAAGAAACCAUCAAACAAUUGCUAUUUCAAAAAAAUUGCAUACCGACUACAUUUGGCAUGAAAGUACCCGACGAGUCCUAUUUUCCAAGUGUCAAUUUAUUCCCUGAUUUGCCUAUUAUAAAAUUUCAACAUAAAAUAAAUGAUGAUAUUCUUUUAUUCUUGGGAGUUAGAAAGCUUGGUUUACGGGAUUUUCCACCAAUCGAUGUAAUACUUCAACUGGCGUCAUCAACUACACCACUUCCGGUUCGACAAAAGGCACUUAAAUACUUUAUAGAAAAUUUCAAAGAAAAAUAUUCGAAGGAUUACAAACCAGAACUGGUAAAAUUUGCAUUUCUCCCAUGUUCUGCCGACCCAAAUGUUUACGCAACACCUUCCGAAUGUUAUUCAAACCCCGAAUGUGCCAUUAUGAAAUUCAAUGUUUUACAUAGAGAAUUGCGUCACAAAGCCGAAGAAUUUGGUAUAAAACAAAAUCCUGAUCGUUUACAAGUAUUAGAGAAAUUAAGGAAAGAACCACCAGAAAACGAGGAAAAAGCAAAAUUAGUUUUUAGCUAUUUGUCUUCAUUUCAAAAUCACUUUAUACACCCAGAUUGGCUUAGUUUAAGUCAAUUAGCUUUUAUCCCAAUCCGUGAAAAGAAGCAAUCGAACGUAUUAAAAUAUGGUUCACCACAAAACUGUUUUUUUAAAAGUUCGGAAGAAAGUUUUGCAGGCUUUUUUUAUUAUAUCGAUUUUGGUGAGAAGGCAAAUAAAUUUUUACAAAGUUGUGGUGUUAAAAAUGAACCUUCUCCAAUCGAGUUGGCCGAAUUUUUAAUAAACUCUUCACAUGACUUUUUGAAAAGUGUCGGUGAUAAUAUUGAAAAGUAUUUGGCCGUACUACAUAGAAUUGCUGUAGAAUUUCAUUCGAUCCAAAGAAAUCAGAAAUUAUUAAAUAAUAUGAAAAGAUAUCCGAUUUUGCUAGGUAUGACUAAAAAACAAUCCGAGGAAGGAAAAAAUAAAGACAAGGCGGUUGUUGGCAAAAAUGAAGCCGAUAAUUCAUUAAAUCAAGUCGAAAGAUAUGUAUUAGCAACUCCAAAUGAGAUUUAUAUAAAUGAUAAUGCGAUAUACCAAGAUAUUUUUGAACCACUAAUUUGUCCUAUGGACCAAUAUUUAGAAAAUUUCUAUAUGGGUUUGGGAUGUCCGUUAUUAACCAAUAGUGUCAAGUCUUCGCCUAAUAUUAAAGGAGUACCAAAGGUUACUCAAAAAUCUAAAGAAUUACAGAAUUUGAUUAAAGAACGUUCACCGUUGUUUUUCCAUGAGGUUCGUAAGGCCGAUAUUGUUAAUAAUGAAAGUUGGGUAAAAAAAUUGAACGUGUUGGGGGUUGAUCAGAUUGAGACAACCUAUGUUCUGGCUCCAAAUAAUAUAACAAAAAUCGAACAUUCAAAUACUUGUGUUAUUUCACACGACAGUUGGAAGAACGACUGGACACUAUAUAUUAAACACGGUGAAUUAGAUACGCUUGAUAUUGCAUCAAUGAUUUCACAAUACAUUUAUAAAAAACCACAAUUAAAAGAAGCCACCCUUAUAAGCAUGUUAUUAAUGAUGCCACUCAAUGCCCUCAAACGUAAAGGAUUCCCCGUAGAACGUAUAAUGAGUCAACAAAAAAGUUUUAGACGUGUUGUUGAAAAUUCGGAUAAUCCUAAAAGACCUCGAAUUGAUGAACAAAUGACACCCAAUAAUUAUAAUACAAACCGGGGUCAACUAAAUAUUGCUGAACUAGAAAACUAUUCUAAGCAGCUACAGAGUACGUUUCCUGAAUGCGACCCUAAUUAUAUAAAAUCAUGUCUUGCACAAGAAAAUUCAGACCACUUGAUGAAAGUUGCAAACAAAUUAGCCGAACAAGACUAUCCAAAAAAACAAUCGGGUAUUAGAAAUGAUCAAGAAGGUUCGUCGCCUUGGAACAUUUUUAAAAAUUUGACGGAAUAUGUUUCACCUGGUGUGUCUAAAUCACAUGCUGAUAAGCCUCCCGUACUGGUAUCGCGAAAUACUACCGAGGAUUUGAAAAGGACAUUGAAUGAGGCCGUAAAUUCAUGUCGCUCAAAUUCAGGCUCGGCGGUUGACAGUCAAGCUAAAGUGAAUAUUGUUUCAGAAAGUCAAUCGAGUUAUUGUGAUGUUAUGCCAGGUCACUCAUUAAAAUUUAUCGGAAUGGAAAACGGGAUAGAAUUAUAUAUUGGCAAAAACUUGGAUCAGACGGCACUUUUAUCUCCAACUGCACUAGGCCCUUUAAGACGUUUUAUUCAAGUUCUCAAGUAUCUCUGUGAUGUUUUUGGACUACAUCAAAAAGCAGUCCAUGUAUUUUAUGAUCCUGCCGCUGAUUCUAUCGCCUUUAAUCGGAACAAUUCAUUGUUUUUUAAUUUUAAAUUUUACAUUGCUUUACAUGAUUCUGAAAAUUUACAAUUUUCAAUUGAAACAAUGGUUUACUGGUAUAUGACAUUUUGUCAUGAAUUAGCUCAUAAUUUUGUAACUCAACAUAAUUCACAGCAUGAGGUAAGAAUUUAA